GUAAGGUAUGGGAAGACACGGUAAGGUAUGGGAAGACACGGUAAGGUAUGGGAAGACACGGUAAGGUAUGGGAAGACACGGUUAAUGCAUGGGAAGACACGGCAGUGCACAGGAAGACAUGGCAGUGCACAGGAAGACACGGUAGUGCACAGGAAGACACGGUAGUGCACAUGAAGACACGUUAGUGCACAGGAAGACACGGUAGUGCACAGGAAGACACGGUAGUGCACAGGAAGACACGGUAGUGCACAGGAAGACACGGUAGUGCACAGGAAGACACGGUAGUGCACAGGAAGACACGGUAGUGCACAGGAAGACGCGGUAAACUGAGCUCAGCACUCCCCACCCUUCAAUAGUGUGAUACGUUUAUUUAAACAUUAUACGCCAUUAUUUUUUUGUUGAAGCAUUCCUAAUCUUUUGGAGUUUUUAUUAAAAAAAAAUUAAUUUCCACUUUUUUGUCUGGCCUCUUUCUGAGGUACUUUGGGGAAGCAAAUCGUCAAAAUCAAGACUAGUUUGUUAAGGGGACAAAGGGUGAUUACUCACUCGAUUUUUUUUGUUUUUUUGUUUUUUGUUUUUUUUUUUCCCCUUUAAACCCAAGCAGCAAAAGGGACCUAUGGGACAGCACACCGGCAUGACGUCUUACCUCUUGAUGGUGGCUCUGCUACUAGUCGCACCCACUAGGAUUAAUGCAUGGGUGAUUAUUGUUUUCAUCAAAAUCGACUCUUAAAUUAUUCAAGCAAUCACACUGGUAAUCUAAGCUUUUGAUCUUUCAACUUAAGAAAGGAAUUAUUUUAUUUCAAAGUCUAUUUUAAAAAUUCACAAACACUAAAAAAAAAAAAAAAAAAAAAAAAAAAAAAAAAAAAAAAAAAAAAAAAACAAUUAAAAAAAAAAAAAAAAAAAAAAAAAAAAAAAAAAAAAAAAAAAAAAAAGUGUAAUGCUUAAAAAACAAUUCCUUUAAUAGGUAGGUAAAAUAGAGUGUCGAUUAUCCGAAACGCCAAUUAUCCAAACAGACAUAUUUCGUUUUUACGAUUGUAUUGCGCAAGUAAUGGCUUACCGAAGCGUACAAACACCGGCUAGUGAUUCCGAACUCUGUCACAAUCCAGGUUAAACUCUGAGAUAAUUAAUUAUGCACUGUGAAUGCAGUAAUCAGCCUGGAACAAUGCGAUCUUCAAACGACUUUAAUUUGAUAUAAAUCAAAGCAUACAAAGCCUUAUAGGACGCGGACACCUCGGAUUUUAUCAUAAGCAACAGUCAUCUAUUUUUGGAAACGACCUCUUUAUCCCGAAAAAAACCCUUCAUUCCUCAUCGGUUUUUGACGUGCCUCAGCUGACCGUGAUGAAAUGUUGACAAUAUCUGUGCACGGUACGCAGUGCAAUAAAACGCCAUGCGGGAAUAAGGCAAGACUAGAUUACUUUUGAAUACACUUAAAUACAAACUUUCCGUGAGAGAUUUCGGUCCCAGUAAGUUCGGAUAAUCAACGCUCGGCUGUUUGAGUUAUUAAUAUUGUGUGUAUGUGUGGGUUCAACUUUUUUCAAUACACAUUUCCCAUUUUCUUUCAAAGUAAGUGUGUGAGAUUAUUUUCAGGAUUCUCGUAGCGAUGACUAUGAUGACUACGAAGACGAGGAACACAACGAGACUGAGUGUGAAGGCUGUGUCCAAAACACUCUGUGUCGGCUUGGGAGGUGCGUGUGUCAUGACACACACAUAGGGGAUCCUUACUUCAUGUGUCACAAACCGCAGAAAGGAUAUUGUCAGUGAGUUCCCCGGUGCUAUCUAGUUGACCACGUCAUUGAUCAUUGUGUUGGUAAUUAUUGUUAUAGGCUUUCUUUCUACUUGCAUUUCCCAUCGUGUGGAUGUGUGGCGUUAUUGUAUUGUUGACACACGUGACCAUUUCGCUCAGUUGAACAUUUUUUUGUGAAGUACCCUCCCAGCAACCCCUCUGAAAGGUGUCGAGUUGUGACGACAUCACGUCAUCUCCUUGCUCGACGCAGGCCGGUUGACACUGUCACUCAAAAAAAAAGAAAGAAAGAAAGAAAGAAAGAAAGAAAGAAAGAAAGAAAGAAAGAAAGAAAGAAAGAAAGAAAGAAAGAAAGAAAGAAAGAAAGAAAGAAAGAAAAAAAGAAAGAAGAAAAAAUAGAACAUAAUUUACAAGUUCUUAAGGUGCAUUGAGCAAAGUAAGUCUGUGCAGAAAAUAUUUUUAAUUUUUUGUUUAUAUUAAAAUAUAUUAAAGUUUCGUCUCCACACAGAGAGUGCUAAUUUCCACUUCUGCACAGUUUUUUUUUUUACUUCUUAUUUUAAUAUCUUAAGUUGUAAAGUAUUUGCACGUGGAUAUUUAAAUUUUGUCUCUGGUUUUAAAGAAUGUGUACGUUCAAAACACAAGUUUGUAGGAAGGGUGGCUCUAGGCUUACGUCAAUAUGACGUCUUUACUCCCUACUCUAAAUGACGUACACUUUCAGUUUGAUGAAUGACCCAGUCCUCCGGACGUUCGCCAAGGAAAAAUCUCACGUGGACGUCAUCGGUCCAACAAAGUUGGUCCAGCUUGUCGUGCGGCAUCCGAAAUGGGACUCGUCCAUCGACUUUACGCUCUGGGCGAUAACUGAUAGAAUCAAGGGAAAGUACUUCGUCAAAUCUUUUCAGGUAGUUAUCACCCUUCCUUCACCAAAAGAAACAUGAAUUGAUUUUGACAAAAUAUUUCACCAGCAAAAGCUUUUCUCAUAGUGUUAAUUACAUUUUAAAAUUAAUCAAGUUCAGCUAAAUAAUAAAACAGAAUUUUUGCAAAAGCAAUGUCAUGUUAUGUCAGGCAAGCUGUUUAUUACACUCAGGUGUCAUUAAAUGCACACAUCCUCCUAGCCAUCAACCCACUCAACAAUCCCUUCUUUCACCCAUCCCAUGUCCAUCCACACAUAUACCCUUACUUCCAUCCUUCUAUCCAUCCAUCUAUCAAUGCAUCAAUCCAUCCGUCCAUCGUCCAUCAAUCAACUCAUUAAUCCGUCCAUCCAUUCAUCCAUCCAUCCAUCUAUCAAUGCAUCCAUCCAUCCAUUUAUCCAUCCAUCCAUCCAUCCAUCCAACCAUUAUGCAUACAUCCAUCCAUCCAUCUAUCAAUGCAUCCAGCCAACCACUAUGCAUACAUCCACCCAUCCAUCUAUCAAUGCAUCCAUCCAUCCAUUUAUCCAUUCAUCCAUCCAUCCAUCCAUCCAUCCAUCCAACCAUUAUGCAUACAUCCACCCAUCCAUCUAUCAAUGCAUCCAUCCAUCCAUUUAUCCAUCCAUCCAUCCAUCCAACCAUUAUGCAUACAUCCACUCAUCCAUCUAUCAAUGCAUCCAUCCAUCCAGUUAUCCAUCCAUCCUACCAUUAUGCAUACAUCCAUCCAUUAACCCGUCCAUACAUCCACACAUACACCCCUACAUCCGUCUGUACAUUUAUCCCUCCAUCCAUCAAUGCAUCGAUCUAUUCAUCCUUUCAUCCAUCCAUUAGUCAAUCCACCGUUUCAUUCAUUAAUCCAUCCAUCCAUCCAAUUCAUCCAUCCAUUCAUCGAUUUCUUCAUGCAACCAUUCAUCUAUCCAUUAAUCAAUCAAUAUAUAAAUUCAUCAAUCCAUCCAUCCAUCCAUUCCUCCUUUUACCCAUCCAUUCAUCCAUCUAUCCAACAAUCAACUCAUCCAUCCAUCAAGACAUCGGUUCAUCCAUCCAUCCAUCUCUCCUCCUGCCUUGCUAAUCAAUUCUGUUUAUUUUGAUUCUGUUUUAAAAAUCAAACUAUUCGUAUUGACUUCCUUCGAAUCACUUGAAACUAUUUUGUUUACCCCUCACACUAAACAAAAAGUUUAGGUACGUACGUAGCCCACAAUACCGACGACCUAAGGAGUUUCAAGUGUUAGUCGAGUCUAAGGUUAACCCUGGUAUGUUGUGCCUUUGAGUUUGAAGAGAAAUGAUCACUCUGUAAACGUACAAUACAUACUUUCAUGUUUAAUAUGAUAUUACCAUUAUGAAAGCAAAAAAAAAAUAUUUUUCAAUUUAAAAAAAAAAAAUAAUAAUUUUCUGAAUGAAAUUAAAUGAGACGCCAUUAAUACAUAUAAUGAAUAUAUAUAACAUAAAACAUGGGUGGCUAUACUGACAUUUGUAUUGUCUCCACAUUUCAGCGACAGGAGUCUAUCGGUGGGAAAUCUUUUUGAAAGAUUUCGGAAAACAGGGAUCUUUUCGACAUGCGCACUCCUUCUGUUCCACGACACGUAAACAGGUUAGGAUGCUCCACCAUAACUAGAGGGCUACUGAAUGGCUAAGCGCUGGACAGGCGGAGAGAUGUAAUGAAAUGGAUCUAUUUUCAGAUGGAUUUUGUAUGCAUGGGAUGAAGGCCUGGGGAGGGAGGGGUAGGAGGAGGGGGGGGUGAAACGGAAGUAUAUUACCAAAGACAAACUUAGAUUGUGUCUGUGGUGGAGAAAUGCGUCAUUGAAUCAUCGCUGACAUCAGAUUUUGUUUAAUCGCCCGUCCAUCAGAACACAGCGGUUAUUGACAUAACAAGAUAAAACCAACUCUAACGGAAUCCUUUAUUGCCAAAAUUUACCAAAUAUUCGUAAGUACAGAGUUUUUUUGUUCUUCCUUUAAAUAAUAGUAGCCGGAGUCAAGCUGUACUAUCCGCCCGAUUAGACCAAGUGGUUCGAGUACCGUCUAAUAUAUUAGAUUAUAUAUAUAUUCGUUUGCGCAACGAAACUACCAGAACCCGAAAAAAAAAUAUACUUAGCCAUAAUAAUAUUUCUUUUUAAAACGCUUACCAGCUUUUUAAUGUUAAGUAUGCAGUUGCCAGAUGGUCUGUGCUAAAUUUAUCAAUUGGGGUUGCAUUUAACUUUUUGACCAUGGUCACUUUUGUUUUUUUGGUGAAAUCCAUUUUAUAAAUAUUUUUUUUUAAAGAUUCAAUGGUUUCUAAAACGACUGAUAAAGACAAAAUAAGUGGGGGUGGUAGGGGGUCGGUUGAAGAGGAAGAAAGAGAAACACAACACAAACAAAACGUAUUGGGUUACAAGAAGAAAUAAAAUAUAAAAAAAAACAACAGAAACUAGACUGAGAACCCCCAGUCUUUUUCAUGAUUUAUUGCAAGUGUAUACAAAGUUUAUAGAACAUAACGUUGUCUUUCAAUGGUUGUUGUUGUUUUUUUAAUCGCCCCCAACUUCAGCACGACGCCUGGUCCGUGCAGCUGCCCGGAUGUACCAUUGCGUUCCGGCGAAUCCACGCCAACUUUCUGAAAACCAAAGUCAAGUGCAGUGGUGUGGCCAUCGGCCUGAGGCCGCACAAUCCUGAAAACAGGGAAGUCAAAGCAGGUGAGCAGGCUCUUCCUCUACGCUACGCAGGCCGCGAAUGGAUCCAUCCAAAUAUUUAUUUAUUAAUUUUUUUGUUGUGCAAUAUUUCUAAAAAAAAAAAAAAAUUCAAAGUCGUACAAUUUCCUGAAUCAACUUUUUAUCCGUAGUUGAAAACAUUUUCGUUGCUCACCUCCAACUGGGAAGUUUUAGCAUCAUUUUCACAAAUUCCUGCAUCUUUACUAUCCACAAUUUUUUUUUCUAGCUUACGAUCUAUGUUCUUUAAAGGACUGCUUGUUAUGCACAAUUUUUACAGCUGAACAUGAAUUAAGGCAGUUGGAAAGAAAAGAUCACAUUUAAUGAUGACGCCAUUGAAUACAUUUAUUUAAGCUGGUUAUCUACGUUUAAAAUUCUAAUUGACAAAAUGGGAUGCUGCUGGGUCAGUUUUUUGUAUGACGUCAUCCGAGGCUUGAUAAGCAGAUAGGGGACACAUAUGUUAAUUAUCCUGGAUAUAUUUUUACAUCCGGGUCGCUGAAAUAAAGAAUUUUAUCAUUUUUCUCUCGUUCAAACUUGAUAGUGAGCUCCGUAAUUUAUGGGAAGUUGCACACAGUAGUACAAUCUUAUGCAUUACUUUAACCACAAGUAGUCCAUUGUUCCUCCAAUACAUUAUCAUUUGUGACUAUCAGCUCCAUUAUUGGGAGAUAAUAUAAUAUAUAGAUAUAUAUAUAUAUUAUAAUAAUUCCCGCGUUGAUCUUGGCCACCUAAAAGGGAGUUAAGGAUUAAAACUUUUGUUACAGUGGUUAAAUUAUAUUAUACCCCUUGCAAUUUAGCAUCAAUCUUACUUUAAAAUUUUUUUUAUUAUGAAUAGCUAAAGAGCAGGAACAUUAACUUGCGGUUGGUCGACAUUUCGUAUUUCGAGUGUUUACGUUACUCUAGACCCUGACUGGUAUUGAUGGACUCACGGUAUUGAUUUCCUACCUGUUUGUUGGAAAAGAUUUAGAUAGGACGGGAUGACGUCAUUAUUUCCUACCUUUUUGUUGGAAAAGAUUUAGAUAGGACGGGAUGACGUCAUUGAUUUCCUACCUUUUUGUUGGAAAAGAUUUAGAUAGGAUGGGAUGACGUCAUUGAUUUCCUACCUUUUUGUUGGAAAAGAUUUAGAUAGGACGGGAUGACGUCAUUGAUUUCCUACCGUUUGUUGGAAAAGAUUUAGAUAGGACGGGAUGACGUCAUUGAUUUCCUACCUUUUUGUUGGAAAAGAUUUAGAUAGGACGGGAUGACGUCAUUGAUUUCCUACCUUUUUGUUGGAAAAGAUUUAGAUAGGACGGGAUGACGUCAUUGAUUUCCUAGAUGCUUAUUAAUUUCUUACGCUCAUCGACAACUUAAAUGCCGUCAAAAAUUUAACCAGUGCACGCCACUGCAGCCUCAUUAUGGUGCCACUGCAAUUUAAGAUGUUUUUAUCCCCUUAAGAUUUGUUAUAGAGGCUCGUCAAAUUAUUCAAAGCAUCCCUUGACUUCCAAAUUUAAUAGCAACAGAAGUUAUUUAUUUAUUUAUUUUUUUUUUAACUUUUUUUUUUUAAAGGUGCAACAUAAUGGUACACUAUAGCCUAUGUAUUGACCUAGUUUUAGCUGACGCAGUGCUGAGGCACCCACCACUCCCCACCCCCUUUUUUGUAUUGACGUCACCGAUUAAAUUUGUAGCGCCAAUCCCUUUUACCCACUCCUCCCUUGAUUGGGAAAAGGACGUUUACUUUUCAUUGCGUUCUAAUUUGCUUUAAAGAAUGCUAUCAAAUUUCUAAAAGUUCUUAUUUUGGGGUGGGGGGGGGGGUCUUCCAACUUUCUCCCUAUUAAUAAGGCAGCUGCUUUCUCAGCCGAUAUGGAUUUUCCUGGAUAUUUACGGAUAUUUACGAGACGUAAUAAAGAUUGUCUUGCUAUUUAUUGGNACACACACACACACACACACACACACACACACACACACACACACACACACACACACACACACACACACACACACACACACACACACACACACACACACACACACACACACACACACACACACACACACACACACACACACACACACACACACACACACACACACACACACACACACACACAUGUACACAAAUACCACCACACACACACACACACACACACACACACACACACACAUGCACACACACACACACACACACACACACACAAGUACUUAAUGGAUACAAUAAGGGCCAUGAGAAAUAGAGGCGACACUGGCACUGGCCCCGUGUACCAUCAUCAGGAAGGCGCCCAAAAUCAUUUUAGCGAUAAGACCUUUACGAUGAAUUACACGACAAAAUCCAAAUAAAGCUUUAAAAAAAAACAACAACAUGAGGAAUCGCCAUUGUAAUCAUUCACCCGGGAGACAUUUGUGUCUAUAUAAACUGAUGGGCGACAUUGUCUGGAUUUGUUUCGGGCUCAGCUCUUGAUACAAUGUUAAACUGUGUGGGUUUUUUUUAAAUAGAACAAUACAUGGGUUUCAUAUAGAAAAAAAAACGUGUGUUUAAAUACAACAUUGCAUGUUGCAUAUAGAACAAUUCAUGUGUUUCGUUUUUGUAUUUCUAGGUAUAUGGGUGACCGUAGACAGACUUUUCCAACCCCAGUUCACCAACUGGCCCCACCACAAGGAGCCCCUCUGCUUGAGUUUUGACCAGCGGCUCAGCACCCUCCAGGCGUCGACCCGCAUCGCCAACCUCGAGGACGCCCUGACCUUCCACUCCCUCGUCAACAGCGGGCCGAUCCACUACCCGCACAAGCCCGCCGACCUGACGGAGCUGAAGAAAGUCCUGAGGGAUUGCCCCGGGGUCGCCCGCAACGCCUUCUCCUCAUUGGCUGGGUUUAUGACACGCGUGCCUAAAUUUAGCAAAUGCGUCUCCGAGAACGACGGAAUCCUAAGCCUCGUCAACGUGCUGCUGGAAAGUGCCAGAUUUUUCUGCAACGACGACGUGAAGGCGUGCAAGCACGUUCAUGCCAAGCUGAAGCAAAGAUGCUGGCAUUUGAAGGAUGUUAUCCCAGCAUUGAAAACAUUUGUGGAGUUUGGUUGUCGCUGGUGAUCUCCGCGGCUUGGUGUAAACAGAACAUAAGGUCGGCUCUGGCAAUAAAAUUUGAAAGAUAUAAUAAU